CUGCACUCUCACUCUUCAAGUGUGCCUCACUUUCAACCACAACAACACUUGUGACCAAACAUUCACUCAUUGUAUUCACUCUCAUGUCUCCCCAAUACAAACAACUUCGUCAAGACUUCAUCCGCGGUCACAGCGGAUCCACAUUCGGCGAAGUCAUUGUCAUCACUUGUGUGAACCAAUUAGCAAACCUUCUGCUAAUCGCCGUCUUAUCUCUUGUGCCGGUCUUAACUCAACCUAAUUGCAAAUGGAUUCGCUUAGUCGUCGAGUUCUUCGUAAUAAUGAUGCCAUUUAUCGCAUGUAUUACCGUAUUAUCGGACCAUAUAUUAGCCGUUUGGUUGACAAUCAUUUUGUUGACAUUCAUUGCAAUCGUAUUGUGUUUCACAAGAAGACAGACCAAACCAAUUGUCAUCAAAGAGUUACUCGAUUUCUGUCCAACAUAUGGUCCAAGACUUCCAUUCCUCACGAAUCUGUUCUCAACUCUAAUGACAUGCGUUUGUAUCGCUAUUCUUGCCGUCGAUUUCCGCAUCUUUUCGCGUCGUUUCGCCAAAACAGAGAUCUAUGGCUUCAGUCUUAUGGAC